AUGACAGCACCCAAGGUUGAUCAUUGGGUAGUAACGAAGUGUGUGUUGCGUUAUGUGAAGGGCACUUCUGAUUUUGGUCUUUUGUAUAGCAAAAGUCACGAUCCUAGACUCAUUGGAUACACAAACUCAGAUUGGGCAGGUUCGGUUGAUGACAGAAAAUCAACAUCUGGGUAUGUUUUCAGUUUGGGAUCUGGUGCAGUCACAUGGACUAGCAAGAAGCAGCAAGCAAUGGCUCUUUCUUCAACAAAAGCAAAGUACCGAGGAACAGUUAAGACAGCUUGUGAGGCAAAGCUGGUUGAAGAUGGAUCAGUUCAAUUGCUUUCUCUUAUGGGAUCAUUUGUGAAAGGUAGUUCUUUCUUCCUUAGCCAUGAAUCUAAUAAUGAAGCAGAGGCAUUAGCACUCAUUAAGGUUUGA